GCCCUGCUACGAUUCAACCUCAGGACCUCACAUUCAGAAAAGCCUUAAGCUACAGCAGCGACGUCCAGCUGAUCCAAGCCCGACAAAACUAAAAACUUGGUUCUGACCAGUUCUCUUCGCCUCAAUCGAACUCCACGAAGAAUGACGACUCUUUCCGGCCAGCCUCUUAGCGAGGCCAUCGGAUACUCCUUCUCAAAUGCAAACAGUGCUCCCCACAGAGAACAUUCUUUCUAUCCCUAUACCGAUAACGGUGGCUCUACCCUAGGCAUCACAGGCUCCGAUUUCGCGAUCCUUGCUGGAGAUACUCGUUCCGUUGCAGGAUACAACAUCAACUCCCGUUACGUUCCUAAGGUGUUCAAAAUUGGCGGUGACGAUGAGACUGGCGAUGGAGCCCACAUAGUCUUGUCAGUUGUGGGCUUUGCAGCAGAUGGACAGGCCCUUAAGGAGCGACUAGACGCAGUGGUGAAGAUGUACAAAUACCAACAUGGAAAACCCAUGUCUGUCAGAGCAUGUGCCCAGCGCUUGUCGACAAUCCUCUACCAGAAACGGUUCUUUCCCUAUUACGUGCAUGCUAUCCUAGCAGGCUUGGACGAGGAGGGCAAAGGCGCUUUGUACAGCUACGAUCCAGUAGGCUCGUACGAGAGAGAGCAAUGCAGGGCUGCGGGGUCUGCAGCGAGCCUGAUCAUGCCGUUCUUGGAUAACCAGGUCAAUUUCAAGAACCAAUAUAUCCCCGGGAGCGGAGAAGGGCAUGCUCUAGAGCCCAAGAAAGCGGAGCCGUUGCCAAGAGAGACUGUUGAACAGCUGGUACGAGACGCCUUCACUAGCGCCGUCGAAAGACAUAUCGAGGUCGGAGAUGGCUUGCAGAUGAUGGUUAUUACCAGGAGUGGGGUAGAGGAGAUCUACUAUCCCUUGAAGAAGGACUAGGCAUGUCAAGGCUGACACUCCUCGAUGUCUCGUCAAGUCUUGUUCAACGUCAUACUUCUCUUGAGAUAAUUUUCCGAAUAUGAAUAGAUACAAUCUCAACGGAGUAUUCGUUUUCCUCAUUUCGGUGUUGUCGUAUCAAUUAUAUUCUAUCAAAGUCAUAUACCACCUCAAUACCU